CAUACUUUCCCUCACCUGUGAACAUGGAGCUGUGAACCAGUCAAACUCACAGCUCUCUCCGCCCGUGAGGGAGGACGGAAAAAUGACAAAACUUCUGAAGUAGAGUUUAGUUUCCCCACCUUAACUGAGCGGCCGCUGGGGUUUUUAAACUUUAAGCGUGCUAUGUCUUCAAGUCCUGUGAGUGAAGUAGGACCAGGUGAGUCCAGUGAGGAUGGGGCAAAUUUAGGUGGAUCACCGGGCGGAGCGGCGGGUCCCCUUCGGCUUUGCGGAGCUGUCAUGCUGCCCAAAGUCGAGUCAGACUCUCUGGGACUCGCUCGGUCGCAUGGGGAACAGGGCCACCACAUGCCUGGAAACAUGCAAGCCCCUCAGUUUAAAAUGAUGGACUACUCUUACGACGAAGACUUGGACGAGAUGUGUCCCGUAUGCGGAGACAAGGUGUCCGGGUAUCACUACGGUUUGCUCACCUGUGAGAGCUGCAAGGGUUUCUUCAAGCGCACGGUGCAGAACAACAAACGCUACACAUGCAUCGAGAACCAGAGCUGUCAGAUAGACAAAACCCAGCGUAAGCGUUGCCCCUACUGCCGCUUCCAGAAGUGCCUGAACGUCGGCAUGAAGCUGGAAGCCGUGAGGGCCGACCGUAUGCGCGGUGGCCGCAACAAGUUCGGCCCCAUGUACAAGCGGGACCGGGCAUUGAAGCAGCAGAAGAAGGCUCUGAUCCGAGCUAAUGGUCUGAAGCUGGAGGCCAUGACGCAAGCCAUGCAGACUGUGCCGGCUGACCUUACCAUCUCCUCAGCCAUCCAGAACAUUCACUCAGCCUCUAAGGGGCUCCCGCUUAGCCACCAUCACCACCACCACCACCACCACCAUCACCACAGCUCAUCCAGUGCUGGCCUGCCGCCCGCAGACUAUGACCGUAGCCCAUUUGUUACCUCCCCGGUCAGCAUGGCCAUGCCCCCCCAUGCAGGAGGCCUGCAGGGCUACCAAGCUUAUGGCCACUUCCAGAGCCGCACCAUCAAGUCCGAAUACCCCGACCCUUACACAAGCUCGCCUGAGUCCCUCAUGGGCUACCCCUACGUGGAGGCAUACCCUGGGGGCUCACCGCCCAGCUUUCCCCACCUCGUGGUGGAGCUCCUGAAGUGCGAACCCGAUGAGCCCCAGGUUCAAGCCAAGAUUCUGGCUUAUCUUCAGCAGGAGCAGGCCAGCCGAGGCAAGCACGAGAAACUGAACACUUUCGGCCUCAUGUGCAAAAUGGCUGACCAGACGCUCUUCUCCAUCGUGGAGUGGGCCAGAAGCAGCAUCUUCUUCCGUGAACUGAAGGUUGACGACCAAAUGAAGCUCCUCCAGAACUGCUGGAGCGAGCUGCUCAUCCUUGACCACAUUUUCCGGCAGGUGAUGCAUGCCAAAGAGGGCUCCAUCCUGCUGGUUACGGGGCAACAGGUGGAUUAUGCCCUAAUUGCCUCCCAAGCUGGGGCUACACUCAACAAUCUCCUGAGUCACGCACAGGAGCUGGUGAGCAAACUGCGUUCCCUCCAGCUGGACCAGAGGGAGUUUGUCUGCCUCAAGUUCCUGGUGCUGUUCAGCUUGGAUGUCAAGAACCUGGAGAACUUCCACUUGGUGGAGAGCGUCCAGGAGCAGGUCAACGCUGCACUGCUAGACUAUGUGAUGUGCAACUACCCUCAGCAGACAGACAAGUUUGGUCAGCUGCUGCUGCGGCUGCCAGAAAUCCGGGCUAUCAGUUUGCAGGCUGAGGAGUACCUCUACUACAAGCACCUGAACGGGGACGUGCCCUGCAACAACCUACUUAUUGAAAUGCUGCAUGCCAAACGCGCCUGAACACUGCAAACAAAGCGUUUUUCAACCCUUCUGGCUCGAUAUGCCACACACAUUUGCUCCCAGCAACACCCUUCCAGCCCAGCAUCAUCACCAACCAUAGCCUUCAAACAGAGACAGAUGCCUGCACACAGUGACAUGACGUUGUGGUAUCUUAACGGUGCGCUGAAUGGUUCAUGUUGAUUCCAUUGAUUUGUUUGGGCCAAACAGAAGGGGAGAGGAUGUAAAUUAACACUUGAAAGUUUGACAGUUUGGCUCACAUUUUUUUCCCCUGAUCCAAACAGAAAACAGAACAGUGAUGUAAUGACUUCUCAUCUCUUGGUACACUUCUGAUGAACUGCAAACAUCAUCACUUUGUGAUGCAGAUGAACUUAAAUAAACAAUAAAUACAUCUCACUUUCAUUAAGACUGAAACCGGAUGGGUUAAGAUGACCCUGAUUAUCCUCUCCUCCAAGACUUAAACUGCUUUGUCAGCUUCAGACCUAUAUUUCGAUCAACACUCAGCCAAACGGCUCCCUCAUGUCUGUUUUAAGGCACGCAAGUCACGAUAGAGCUUCAGUUGUGGAAUGAGGUGAACUGGAUUAGCUGGCAUUUUGGCAUGCCUGUAACUGUGCCACCCACAGAGACUAGUUUGCAGCCCCUCACCAAAAAAAGGAUAAUGCUGACAAAACACUGAUAAACAGCAUGUAUCUUUUAAAAUGGCAGGCAAUUCUUCCUCUAACGCAAGAGGCUAAUACAUACCAUUUUCCCCCCUCACAAAAAAAUCUGUUUAUUACAUUUUACCUCAAGACGAAUUACCUUGUUUUCAUUUAUAAGUUAUUACAUAGAUCUGUUUGCCAGUAUGAUUUUACCAAUGUGGUUUUGGAGAGAAAACACAACUCGACAACUAUCGUUGUUUCCCCCCUCAAACCCAACCUCUCAUUACAAGAUGGAAGACACAGUUCCAGAGCCAAGAUGAAGAAAUACUGCCUCAGUCAAAACAAGACCAAAGUCUGCUGCAGAACAAGAACAAAAAAAAGAAACAACCUUAACUAUCAGUAUUAUGAAUUUGUGAUGUCACAGUCAUGUGAGUCUUGCCUUAUUUCAUUAUCAUGCUAGCUAACCGUGCUGAUGUGAACUAUAACAUGUAAAAUAAAAAAGUAUAUAUAUAUAUAUAUAAAUAUAUAUAUAUAAAGUAUUAAUGUAAUACAAUUAAGAAGAGACAAGAGGUGUUUACAUUCAUGUGGUCAUGUGGGAGAGAACUGUGAUGUAAAUUGGAGGUGAGGUAAAUUGCAAAGCAAUGAUUUCUUAAAAAAAAGAAAGAAAAAGAAAGAUAGAAAAAAUAUGUUCCUCUGGUUUUGCUUUCUUUAGUGUGUACAGUUUUCAUCUUGACCAGUACUUAAUUAUGUCGUGAGACACUAAAAUCAGAGAGCAAUCUCACUUAAUAUUUGUGUUUUGAGCUGUUUGGUCAUUUGAUCACUUUUUCGCUGAUUGUGCUUUUUUUCUGUCAACUUUAUUUUGUUCUAACUUUCUAAAUGUGUCACUGGUUAAGCUUAAAGAUAAACAUAAUUUAUUGUGUCCUGGUUUCACCCAUGUGUUGAAGGUGGGGGGUCAUAAACAAUGUAUUUGUUUACUAAAGCAUGUUUUAAAAAAUGUAUAUAUACAAGAUGCAGUUCAGGAGCCAAAACGUGAUCCCAUUUAUUUACAUUAAAUGUCUGUCCAUCUCCCCACUGUAAAACAAUGAGGGCCAGUGUAUUCCAGUGAAGUGGUGUGACUGACUGUUGCGUCCUUUUCUAUAAUAGGGUUUAAAACGGAACAUGUUCAUCGCAGUCUUGUGUGUUCUAUACCAAAGACAGCAUCUGUCCUCUGACUUGUAAUUAUCUGUUCUGCAUCACAAUGAAUGGAUGACAGCUCUGAGCUUUUAUCUUCAUCUAUUGAUCAGACUGGCAUUCCAUAUGGUCAGUUGGAUGGCUCUGGAUGUCUUACACAAGUGUUGGGUCGUGAUUAGUGUUGGGACAACAAUCAGUUUCAACACAAUGUUUGUUUCAGUCAUUAAUUAAAAUAAGUACCAUGGUCUUAGCAUAUUUAUUGAAUUUUGACACGCACACACAAUAAACUCUCUUUACCUACUUUAGCUUUACAAUUCCUUCAAGUUUAGUCACACACAAAAAAACAAGCAUUUUACACAUGCAAAACUUGUCCCAAAUCUACUCAUGACAUUUAAGGAUCUUUUUUAAAAUGGUCUGAAAUACACUUAACUUAAUUCUAUAAUCAGUGUCUGCUCAAGAGAUACUCAUAUACCCCACUGUUUGUAAAGUUAAAUCCAAAACUGUUAAGAGUUUUAGGUCUUUUUAAAUGAUCUUGCUAGGAUCAGUUUAUGAAUUUCACAUCAUCCAUUGGAUUAUCAUAAUUGUCCAGAAUAUCACACUGCAUUUCCUGUCACUACCUUGACAAUCUCAAGCCAACUGCUCUCAUUUUCUCCUCGUCUCUGUAUGAUUAACCUUUCCCUCGAAGUUCUGCAGCUGCCUUGUAUGUCCACAAACCUGAGUGUUGAGAUUGUGAGCUACUUUACAAACCCUGGAUGCCACAGCCUGAGCCACUUCCUGCCAUGAAGAGUUUUCUUAGGAGCUGGUGGAAUCUAUCCCUCAUAUUUCAAUAAAUUACUAUUAUGCAAA